ACUACAUUCAGUCAGUCUGACACCAGCUAGAAGAGCAGACAUUCAGCAUGGCUGUUAACAUCCCAGGAGUAAUAGCAAUGGUGUUUUUCUACCUGCUGGUACUUGGGACUGGCAUCUGGGCUUCUUUCAAAUCCAAAAGGGAAAAGAGGAAAAGUGGAGCCCCUGGAAUGGAGAUGACUCUGCUGGGCAACCGCAGCAUUAGCCUGGUGGUGGGGAUCUUCACAAUGACAGCUACGUGGAUUGGGGGAGCCUUCAUUGUUGGAACUGCUGAGAUGGUGUACACUUCCUCUAUGGGACUAACCUGGGCGAUCUUGAUGAUGAUUGCAUACAGCUCUUCUUUUAUCAUUGCUGGCUUCGUGUUUGCAAAGCCACUGAGAGAAAGACACUGUGUGACGAUGCUGGACCCUUUCCAUGCCAAGUAUGGAAAAUCAGUAACAGCUGGACUAACUAUGGCUGGUCUUAUUAUGGAUCUACUGUGGGUUCCCACAAUACUAAUUGGAUUAGGAGGAAUUAUGAGUGUGGUCCUGGAUUUGUCCUACACUGUGUGCAUCUGGAUCUCUGCUGCCGUUGCCAUUACCUACACACUGCUGGGAGGUCUCUACUCUGUGGCCUACACAGAUAUUAUACAGCUUGUGCUCUUAUUCGUCAGCUUGUGGAUCUGUGUUCCCUUUGUUUUGAUGAACCCAUACUCUUUGGACAUUGGACAGACACUGACGAACAACACCUUACAUGCUCCCUGGAUUGGUACACUGGGGCUGAAACGGACCUGGAUAAUGAUUGAUAAGUCCUUUUUUUUGGCACUGGGGAGCACGGGAUAUCAGUGCCUCCACCAGAGGACCUUGUCGGCAUCUUCCACAUCCACAGCCAAGAUCACUUGCUUUAUUGCUGCUGUCAUCUUACCUACAUUUGGGAUACCUCCUAUACUGCUUGGGGCAGCUGCUGCAUCCACAGACUGGAACCUGACCUCCUAUGGUUCUCCAUCUCCAUAUGAACGUGGGGAAUCAGUUCUAGUUCUUCCCAUCACCCUGCAGCACCUCACCCCAUGGUUCGUCUCCAUUAUUGGUACUGGAUGUGUGGCUGCUGCCGUGAUGUCAUCGGUUGACUCUGUGCUGCUUUCUGCCGCUUCUAUCUUCACCUCCAACAUAUACAAGAACAUUCUCAGGCCUCAGGCAACAGACAGAGAGAGUCAGUGGGUGAUCCGUGCGUCUGUGUUGGUAGUGGGCUUGGUUGGUACGUUACUGUCCAACCUGAAAAACAGCAUGUUGGUGUUCUGGUUCACUAGUGCUGAAUUAGCCUACAUCGUAAUCUUCCCUCAACUUGUCUGCAUCCUCUUCUUCAACAUCUCAAAUGGUUAUGGGGCUAUGAUGGGUUUGCUGGUGGGAUGUGUGUUGAGACUGCUCAGUGGAGAGCCCUCACUAGGAUUACCACCAGUCAUACAUUUCCCAGGAUGCACUCUUGAGGAUGGUGUUUAUGUCCAGUACUCUCCAGUCAAGACCAUCUCCAUGCUGUCUGCCAUUGCUGCCAUCUUGUUGUUCUCCUAUCUGGUUUCUGUGCUCUUCAACAAAGGACUGCUUCCUGAGAAGUGGGAUGUGUUCAAAGUGAAAGCUCAGCAGUCACCACAACCACUGACACCAACAGAUGGAGCCACAGAAAAUAACGAAAAGGAGAAAUUAAAUAGAGACAACUCUCAGACCUUGGCUGCGGUCGAAUAGUCUUUUUUGCUUAGGAAGGUUCUUAACUGAGUGAAAUGACCUGGAAGUAUCUAAGUGGCAGCCAUGAUAAGAGCUGGUCGAAUUCUCUAAAUUUUAAGGAAAGGUGCUUCAAUGCUUCCUUUUUAAUCUCCUUUAGCAUAGGGUACACUGGACCAUCCUUUACGAAAGGAAAGGAGAUAAUUAUGUCCCACAAGUCCUUGCGGCGCCAAUAUUUAAAGCGACCAAGCGACUCACCAUUCACAAACAAACUCAAAUGAUUAGGAAAGAAAAAGAUCAACAUGACUGAGAAAGCAAGGAGAUCACCAUGUACUUGUUUUAUAAUAGGUUAAACAAAUAUACAAUGCAUUAUUUUAAUCUUCUGAUUUUCAUGUGAAUGAGAAAAAAUGGAAAUCCACCUGCUUUUCACGUUUUCGUCUUCAAAUGGCUUAUUGAAAUAGAAAUUAAACCAAAACCAGAAAUCUACUUGUUUUUCGCCUUGAUUGUUAUAUCUAUAUUAUCUGGCCCUACUGCAUCUCAAAACAUUGGCAUUGGCUAUGCUUAUGGCCUAGAUAGAUAGAUAGAUAGAUAGAUGUUCUGCUUCUCUGUGCCCCCCCUUUUCCCUCUCAACCCAACCAGUCAAAGGGGCCGCCCACCUAGAGCAGGGUUCUGCUCGAGGUUUCUUCCCGUUAAAGUUCUUAAAGGAGUUCUUCCUUACCGCUGUCUCCAAAUGCUGCUCAUGGGGGAAUUGUUGGGUCUCUGUAAAUUCAAGAGUAUUAUCUAGACCUGCACUAUGUGUAAAGUGCCCCGAGAUGACUUUCUUUGUGAUUUGGCACUAUAUAAAUAAAACUGAAUUGAACUGAAAAAAAAAAAAAAAAAUAGAUAAUCAAUGAAGUAAUGUUGCUGUGCCUCGUGCGUAAAUGUGCAUAUACUUGGCGUAUCUGGAGAUUUAAAUAAUCAAUGAAGUUACUGCUUCCCACUUUUUAUUCCCCUUUACAGUGUUUCCCUGCAAAGCUACAGUGGAAGGAUCAUAACAAAAAAUACCAAAGACUGUAACGUUAAAAGAUAUCUGCUUGAGGUCAUUAAAUACUUGCAGCAGGCAAUUAUUAUUAUAAUUAUAUUUAAUAUUAUGAUUAAUAUUAUUAUUUAUCCAUUAUUUUUUUAUUCACACAGAAAAACAAAAUAAUGCACUUAAUAUUUGUUUAUCCUGUUACAAAACAAACAAGUUGAACACAGCUGUGGAUGGAGGGGACACGCACCGUAACAUAUGUUCACUUUGCAUCAGUCAUUUAUUCAUUUGAGCGUUGUUGUAUUGCCAGCCUUUAGUAAUAUCAUUAAUUCAUUUUACUACUUGGGAUUCAGAUGGGUGAGUGUGAGCAAGCAUUCUCAAUGUGACAAUUUCGUUUCAGUUUUUGGCUGGUAGCCUAUAUUCCUUUUUUUAAUUCAAUUCCGACCUUAGUAAUUAAACAAUAUCUUUCGUGUUGUCCACGUUUAUAUAUCCUGCAUGAAUCAACACGAUGAGGACGUACGGGGCGCAUUAUCUAAGAUGCACUUUUUGUAGUCCAUCUUCAGAACAUUGUAGUUUCACGACAGCAGGCCCACGUCAAUAACAUCCGCCGUCGCAUCAUUACGUAGCCAUGUGUAAGUGCAGUCGGAUUCUCUCAGCACCGCAGUUGUCUUUUCCUAAAUCCUUAUGAAAUCUCCUUCACAUCUUCCCUUGACAUUGUGACGUUUUCCACCAAGGUCAAGGAAAAGUGGUUAGGAAAAGACGAUAGGAGAGACUUUUCAACCGCAGCCCUUGUCAUCAAAGCCGAUGAUUAGCAAGAGCUGUAGGUGUUCAUGUGUGUAGAGAAGUAUCUGUUUCUUGAAGCAUAAAAUAGACUAAAUAUUAGAGGUGGGGGAAAAAAUUGAUACAGUAUAGUAUUGUGAUAUUGUAUCGAUAGAUGGACAUCAAGUAUCAAUAUUUUAGCAAAGAUGGUGUUCAGUGGUAAAGUAAUGAGGUGACAAUAUGAGCAGAACUCCAAAAGACGAGUCACAACUAGGUGCAGAGAAUUUGUUGAUCUCAGACUCCCAGGGAAUUAUUUUAGAUCAUUCUCAGUCAUCACCUUAGGUCUAAACAUAAGGCAACAAUUUAUUAAUUAUCCAGAUACUGAAAAUGUAAAUAUGUUGUACACAUGUAAACAAGAAAACAGUGAUUAAAACAUCAGAAUGCUACGAAUAAAAGAGUCCAAAAAUGUA